UCUUCUUCUCCAUUCCCUACAGUUCCGCUCCCUAUGGAUUUUGGUAGUUUUUUUGUUCAAUUUUUUUUUCUUUUAUACUUGCAUUCUCUAGGUUCCAUACAUUCACUGAUAUGAAUCUGUUACGAACUGAAUCAUACUUGCUUACCUCUCUCUCUCUUUUAAUUUGAUUUGAAAUCGAUUCUCUUAAUUGCAUACAAUAAGUUUGAUCUGAGAUUAUUUGAUUACAGCUAUUAAGAAACCAUCUUAAAAAUUUUAUAGAAGGCGACUGAUUAGUGAAUAGUGAUUACCCAUUUGGUUGGUAUAAAUAUUGGUUUAACUUGACACUGUUGUACCAUAAUUACGAAUAUGAUACACGAUAGUAGCUAAUUUGGAUAACUGAGCAGCAUUAAUUUGGAACAGUGUUAGAAUUUGCGUGGUUCACUUGUUUGCUCGGCAUAUGCAAAAUAAGGAAGUGGUUUGCACUGAACUUUAGGGUUGCUCUUCUGGGUGUGCUAACAAAAGGGAAGUAGAGACAUGAUGGAUGCAUGUGCUUGGGGAAACGUUUAGGUGGAAUGGAGGGUUUUGUUGGAUCUAAGUUUGGGUUAGUGAAGGCUGUUUGCUGCUUGAUGAAUUAACUAGGAAAAUAUUUGUGCAAGGGGUUAUAUGUUUUAUGGAAGGACAAAAACCAGGAAUUUUUCUGUUUGGGAUGGGUAAUGAUCUUAUAUCAAGGGAAUGAAUGGUUGUGAAGAGUCCAGAUAUAUAAUGCCCUCAUGAAGCAUUUUUGUAUAGUUUUGCAUUAUUAAAAUUAAUUGCUUUAUACAUGAUUUAAGAUCUUACAAGUUCUAAUGAAGGACGUUCUCUCUUCGAGUGAUAGAGUCCCUUGGAAUAUACACUAGAUAACAAAUUUAUCUAUGGUCACAUUUUUUAAUUUUUAAGCUACAUUUUUUUUAAUGUUUCGCUAAUUUUAAACUUGCGGAACAAUAUCAUGUUUCAGGCUUUCAAUUAUGUUUAACUUGCAGAACAAACUUUUCCUUUUCCAAUCAAUACAUGGAAAGUUCAUUUAAAAUGGGCUUGCAAGGAUUACUGAAUUUUUUUGUUUUUGCUUAAAUUUAUAUAUUGAUUUGCAAUAUUUCUAUCCGAUAAACUUUAUUUGUCAUAUUCUUCUAUUCUUAUAUCCAGAAUAACACACACACACACACAUAUAUAUUUCAUGAGCAUCUAAUUUCUCAAGAAAAUCUAGUGUUUCACAAAUUCUGGUGAUGGAAGAAAAUGUGGAUCCUGAACAGCAGAUGGUUUUUGAAGAUCAGCAAAGCAUGCGGAUUGAUCCUAAAAGAGCACGGUUUCCCUACUGCAUUGUCUGGACACCCCUCCCUGUAAUAUCAUGGCUCAUUCCUUUCAUUGGCCAUAUUGGCAUAUGCAGAGAGGAUGGGGUAAUACUGGACUUUGCAGGGCCUAAUUUUGUCAGUGUUGACAAUUUUGCAUUUGGUUCAGUGACUCGUUAUAUACAGAUUGACAAAGAAAAGGAAUGUUCCAGUUCUCUCCGUCCAUCUGCAUGCAUAAGUGAGGAUGACGAGGAUCUAACUCGAAGAGGGACAUUGACAUGGGAUGAUGCAUUGCGGAAGAGCACGCAGGAAUUUCAACAUCACUCGUACAGCCUGUUCACUUGCAAUUGCCACUGUUUUGUUGCCAACAGCCUAAACCGAUUGGGUUUUCACUCUGGUGGGUGGAACGUGGUGAACCUUGCUACUUUGAUGUUCAUCAGAGGUCAUUGGGUCAGUACAGGAUCAAUUGUGCGAUCUUACUUACCAUUUGUCGUGGUGUGUGGUCUUGGACUGAUAUUUGGUGGCUCGACCUUUUUAACUUUUCUGGCCUUCUUUACCUUCUUUCUUGUGGGUUGGUUUCUUCUUGGUAGCUAUUGUUUUAAGAAUUUGAUCCAGUUGUAGCCCUUCUGUUAUUUGCUCUUCUUCCUGUAAAAGAAAAGUCGUUAAACGAACUUGUAGUUCAGGUGUACACACAAAACAAUGGAAACUAUAAAUACUGCGCUUUAGUUUCUUCGGUGGACAAA